UCUAAAUGUACUAUCCGCACCAGUGACAUCCAAAAGAAGAAUUUGAGAGUGACACGUCCUGCAGGGAGCCGUAAUAAAGUCCUCCAUUAUUCUUACAGCAGCUUUAUGAUUUUCAUCUCAUAUAUACUGCAUUGAUUUGUAAGUGAGUAUGGUAUAUCACUUAGCUACUGGAUCUGAUACAUUUGAGUUCUAAAUUUUUAGAUUAAGUUUAUCAGUUUCCAAAAUCCAUCAAAACAAGUACAUUAAAAAAGGUGGGUUAAUUAAAUUGAUGUAAUAUGCAAUUUCAUAAGACUUACUUUUAGGCGUGAUUGAGAUGAAUACCUAUUGAA